CCUCUAUUUCGAGAAAUUUCUACUUUCCCGCAAACUUUCUUUAUCAUAACCAGUAGAUUCAAUCAACUGAAAUACUUCGAUCGCGUCAACCAUCCCUCUCAUUACAUAGAACCUAUUUAUUCAAUUUAUUUCAUUACAAUUUAUAGUCAUAGAGUACUGAACUGAUCUUCCCCACAAUUUUUCAGUCAUAAUCAUAUAUAUAGAAUCAUAUCAACAUUAUGUCAGCAAUCCUUAAACAAAGAGUUAGAUAUGCUCCUUACUUGCAGAAGUUGAGAACUGCAGAACAAUGUAUUCCACUUUUCAAACAUGGCCAAUAUUUAGGAUGGUCUGGUUUUACCGGGGUAGGUGCACCAAAGGCUAUUCCAGCAGCAUUAGUUGAUCAUGUAGAAAAGAAUAACUUACAAGGUAAAUUACAAUUUAACUUGUUUGUUGGAGCCUCAGCUGGUCCUGAAGAAAGUAGAUGGGCACAAAAUUCCAUGCUUUUAAGAAGAUCUCCUCAUCAAGUUGGUAAACCAAUUGCUGCUGCUAUUAAUGAUGGUAGAACUCAAUUCUUUGAUAAACAUUUAUCUAUGUUUCCUCAAGAUUUAACUUAUGGAUACUAUACUAUGAAUAAGCCAGAUAAUGCUAAUUUAGACUAUACUAUUAUUGAAGCCACUGCUAUAACUGAAGAUGGUUCAAUUAUCCCUGGUCCAGCUGUUGGUGCAUCUCCAGAAAUGUUAUCUGUAUCUGAUAAUAUCAUUAUUGAAGUUAAUACUAAGACUCCAUCUUUUGAAGGUAUUCAUGACAUUGAUUUACCAAUUAAUCCACCAUUUAGACAACCUUAUCCUCACACAUCUGCUGAUUUCAGAGUUGGUAGAACAUCUAUUCCAGUUGAUCCUUCUAAAGUUAUUGCUAUUGUUGAAUCAACUACUGGAGAUGUUGUUCCACCAAACACUCCAUCUGAUGCUCAAUCACAAUCUAUUGCUCACCAUUUAAUUGAAUUCUUGGAACAUGAAGUUCAACAAGGUAGAUUACCAGCAAACUUACAUCCUUUACAAUCAGGUAUUGGUAAUAUUGCUAAUGCUGUCGUUGAAGGUUUAGCAUCUUCUAACUUCAAGAACUUGACUGUAUGGACUGAAGUCUUGCAAGAUUCCUUCCUUGAUUUCUUUGAAAGUGGAUCAUUAGAUUUCGCUACUGCUACCUCUAUUAGAUUAACUGAAUCUGGAUUUGAAAGAUUUUACGAAAAUUGGGAUGCAUACUCUAAGAAGUUAUGUUUAAGAUCUCAAGUUGUUUCUAAUUCACCAGAAAUCAUUAGAAGAUUAGGUGUUAUUGCUAUGAAUACUCCUGUUGAAGUUGAUAUUUAUGGUCAUGCCAAUUCCACCAAUGUUAUGGGAUCAAGAAUGUUGAACGGUUUAGGUGGUUCAGCUGAUUUCCUUCGUAAUGCCAAAUUAUCUAUCAUGCACACUCCAUCAGCCAGACCAUCUAAGAUUGAUCCAACUGGUGUUUCAUGUAUUGUUCCAAUGGCUUCCCAUGUCGAUCAAACUGAACAUGAUUUAGAUGUCAUUGUUACUGAACAAGGUUUAGCUGAUUUAAGAGGUUUGUCACCAAAAGAAAGAGCUCUCAAGAUCAUUAACAAAUGUUCUCACCCAGAUUACCGUGAUCAAUUGAGAGAAUACUAUGACAGAUCCCUCUUCUAUGCUACCAAGAAGAAGUCCUUACAUGAACCACACAUUUUAAGAGAUGUGUUCAAGAUGCAUUUGAAUUUCGAAGAAAACGGUACUAUGAAGUUAGACUCAUGGGAUAAGAAGUUCUAAUUGUUGCUUAGUUAAUUGAUUACUAUUACUAUUAGUAUUAGUGCUACGUCCAGCUUAUGUAAAUAUAUAUCUAUAACGCAAACUUAAUAAAUAUAUGCUGAAAAAUUUCAACUCGUA